GCAGGUGAUGAGAGAGAACGUAGGGGGAAGAUGCCCCUUCACGAAGCAGAGAAUCUCAGCUUCGGCUCCUGUCGCGAUCAUCCCCAGUACACAGCAGACCCCAACAUUAACCCCUUUGCAAUCUGUAACAUGUACCCCUACGCAAUCAUCAACGCAAACCCCAACGCAGCAAUAGUGGACACCUUCCUGAAGCUCUCGCCCGACGACAUCCUGCGAUUUGCCAUCAACCGCUUCGCUUACUCCCGGGACAGGAUCGUCCGUGAGGUGCGCCUGGCAUACCCAAACAUCCUCUUCGACCGGCAGAGCCUGGGCCACGCGAUACAGGCUGUCGUUGGCGAGCGGUGCCUGGCCGCCGGCGACGAGCCGGAGAACUUGCUGUUCAACGUGUACUGCGGGGUGUAUGAGUCAUCUGGGGGCAUCCUGGACUAUGAAGAGGAUGAUGAGACCGUCAGGGAAAACAUGGAUAAAGUGGACCGUCGCCAGAAGGCAGCAGGCUGGGUUCUUGAGGAUAGGCAUGCUCGGCUCCCCUCGCGCUGGCAUGCGCAGACGCAAAGGGGUCGACUCGAGCCUUAGGUCUUGCUUUCUGAGUUGUGGCAUGAAGUAUUAAGCCUUGUUACGUAGACAUAUGCAUACAGAUAGACAGUGGGUAGUUACACGCUCGCUCCCUCUC